AUGGCAGUGAAAUUAGUAACAACCUGUUGUAUAUGUGCUGUAAUUCUGGUCGAGCUAAGCACUGCACUUCUGAUAACACCCCUGCCAAGAAGUCAUGAGGAAUAUAUGGAUCGAAUGAAGGAAUUGCUUCGAUCGCAGCCGCAGCAAUUAUUCGAGCCAGAAAUUGAACAGGACUUGAUCGGCGAUCGGACUGCAAAUUUGUUGAGGUAUGCACGUCAGGGAGCUUAA